GCGAGCGAGAGGAGAAGCUAUUCCAGGCUACCCAGCAAAGGCGGAGGCGGAAGGGGACCAUUUUAACUCAUUUUUCCCCCUCUGGCAAUAGUGAGAUCGCCCCCUCCCCUUUAUUUUUGGCCACGGGGAGGUGUGGCAGAGCUGCCUUAGGCCACAAAAGGUGAAGCCACCACGUGGGACGCAUUAUGGUGCUGCCAGUCUGACGGUGGCACACUUUGUGGUGUGAGACUGGGGGAGGGGAAAAGCAGAGGGCCGCUGGAAAUCGAGGAGGGAUAAGAGCCCGAGGAAGCAACAGCAAAAGAGGAGGAAAAGCACCGGAGGACCCCCCUCCCCCCGCGCACAUCUCCAGCAAGCACCUCCCCAAAGCAUCCACUUCCAUAGUCUACAGCUGCUAACGAUGGAUUUUCUUUGUCAAGCAAGCUGGGAAGUGAUCUGGAUUUGGCCAUGUAUUGAUAUUUCCUGCUAAAUGCUCACCUCUUCCAGACUGUGCCAUGGACUCCAUGUUUGAGGAUGACAUCAGCAUCCUUACCCAAGAUGCCUUGGUGCAGGAUGAUGAGUGGCUGGACAGUCCAAACACUGACCUCUCCAGUGAGAUGUGUUCUGCCUCUCACUUUGCUUUCAUCACAGCAUAUGAUGACAUCAAGAACCGCUUGACAGGGCUAGAGCGGGAGAACACCAACCUCAAACGGAAGCUAAAGAUGUACGAGAUCAAGUUUCCAUUGAUCAGUGAUUUUGGAGAAGAACGUAUGUUCCCAGCUUAUGACUCCAAGGAGACUUCUCUUCUGAAGAGUGAAAAAGCCAACCUCCAGCAGCAGCUGAAUCAGUUCCAGCGUGAGCUGCAGAAAAGCAAGGAAAGGGAAGAACAGCUGGAGGAGAUGAUCCAAGCCUAUGAGAAGCUGUGUGUGGAGAAAACAGACCUUGAGUCAGAGCUGGGCCAGAUGAGAGCACUUGUUGAUACGCAUUUGAAUCGCAUCCGGAGCCUGGAACAACAGUUAAGGCAGAGAGAUGGCAACACUUUCCAAAAUCUCAACACUCAACUUCAGAAUCAAGAAGUUCAGUUCCGGUCACUUCAUGGCACUCAUGUACUGGAUCGCUCGGUGAAUUGGCAGAGCCCGCGGGGCCUGGAACAGGCAGAAGGCUUGGAGGUCCAAAGGCUGGAAGUGGAACUUGAGAAGUCAAGACAAGAAGUCCAGAACUCUCAGCACCGGGAAGAGCAACUGAAGGCUGAAUGUGAGAGGCUGCAGGCAGAGGUGAAGCAGCUGCAGGAAACCCGGGCUCAGGACCUCGCAGCUAGUCAGUCGGAGAGGGACAUGGCAUGGGUGAAGAAGGUUGGAGAUGACCAAGUCAACUUGGCCCUUGCCUACACAGAGCUGACCGAGGAGCUGUGCCGCCUGAGAAACCUGAGUUCUCUUCAAAAUCAGAUUCUUCGGACUCUUAUGCAGGAGCAGGUCAUGAAUGGUGGUCAGCGGCAUUCUCCCCAUUCCCAGCGCCAUUCUCCUGCCCAGCAACGCUGCUCUCCAGCUCCUCAGUGCACAUCUCCAGCUCAGCAAGGGAGACCUUCGGCUCCUCAAUGCCAGUCUCCUGCCCUACAAAGGCGAUCCCCAGGCCCAUCUUGUCAAUCCCCUGCACAUCAGCGUCGUUCCCCAGCUCCCCCUCCUUGCCAGUCUCCUGCUUCCCAGCGUCGUUCACCAGCUCCACCACCCAGCCAGUCUCCUGCCCAGCAGCAGCGCUGCUCACCAGUCCAAAAUUGUUCAUGCCCUGCCAUCACUUCACAACACAGAUCUCCAGGGGCUGACAGAAACAUUAUGGAUCUGGGAUAUUCUAAGCCCUCCAGCCACCACAUCAAAGCAAGCUUCCAAGGCCGUCGAAGCUACUCGGAGGUGAGCGAUGCUGCUCUGUAUCAACAGAAUCGUUCUCUCUGGCUGCAGCCAGAAAUAUCCACCUUACCAAAGCACCGUCCCUACUGCGAGGUUUAUGCCAGAGACGCCUUUGAAGAGCACUUGCGCUUUGAGAAGCAGUCCUCGGAUGAAGACGACUGGGCCCUCCCAAGCCCCCCCAGUCCUGAAGCAGGGGGUAUCCGCUGCGCCUCUUUCUGUGCAGGGUUCCCCAUUCCCGACACCUCCAUGCACCGGAUUGAUGCAUCGUACUCCAGGGCUGAACACGCUCAGUCCUGGCCCUCAAUCAACUUGCUGAUGGAAACAGUAGACUCUGACAUCCGAAGCUGCCCUCUCUGCCAGGUGGCCUUUCCCAUCGGUUAUCCAGAUGAUGCUUUGAUAAAACACAUUGAUUCACACCUGGAGAACAGUAAGAUCUGAGGUCUGUUCCACCGUCCUUCCUCUUCUGGCUUCCUUAAAGAGAUUUGCCCACCUCAUCCCCACCCCACCUUUCUUGGAUGCUGCAUGAAAAGUGGAGGCACAACAGGGGCUCUUUCUCUCUAAAAUACCUCCAAGUCUCCGUUAGACUGAAGCGUGAACAUUUUUGCCUCUCCCUUGUCUUCUUUGCCUUUGUUUUUAAAGUGGGUUGCCUCACCUUACUGCUCUUUAUGGGCAGGACCUGCAAUAUUUCUCCAGUGCUUCAACCAGCUGCAAAGGUGGGGAAAGGAAUGAGAAAUAUGCUGGAAUUAGGCUUAGCAGGGCACAGUUACCUUCACCAUCUGAUUGCUCAGAACGGAGGCUGCUUCUGGUGAUGGUGAGACUCUACAUGGUUCAGUUUUGAUGUCUCUGGAAGAUCUCAGGGUAGGAUGGGUGAGAAAUAACCCAAGUUUGCGUGUUUUGGGGUGGGGUAGGAGAACAGACUAAUGAACUCCAACCCACUGAAGGCACAACACAUCACAAAGGUUUUGUUUGUGCCUGUUUUACACAGGGAUAUCCAAGUGGGUCAGAUUUCUCUGCCUCUUCAGCUACUACAAAGGGUAUUUGGGGUUGGUCAUUUAACAGAUGUAAAAGCCUUGGCCUCCAAUUGCUGGUUCAAGUGUCUUUGUGUUGGUCUUUUACAUUAAAAGUCCACUUUUAGCAAUGUUGCUGAGAAAUAGAGCCAACUUCCAAAAGUGUAGCAUGGACAUUCUUAUGUUAUUGCACUGAACAAUAAGCUUUUUUCCACAAGAGAAACUCCUCUUUUCCUCUGUGUUGGCCUCUUGUGAGUCGUUCUGGAGGAGUUACACACUGCACACUUAGGUAGAAGCCCAGAAAGCAUUCCCAUAGGACAGUCUGUGUUCUCUUUUGGCGACUGUUUUACACAUUUUUCAUAACCACUUCACAUCUUGCUUUAGAUAGCUCCUGUAUAAUAAGAACUGUACCUGCCACAUUUUGCCUCAUUAUUCUCCUGCAUUGACAGCAUGUUGACACUAUUUGGGGUAACAGUGUAAAUGUAACCAUCUUCCCAUAUCUGACACCGCUGUAUUUCUUUCAUUCUCUCUCUCUCUGGCCUUACUGAACAUAUAUUUUGUUAUACUGAUCUAAAAUAAGGGGCAUGUUCCGAUUGGUCUCUCGCUUCCAGAUGUAUGGUGCCUCUGUAUUGUGAGGAUUAUCUCCUUGAAACAGCCUGUCUGUACAUCAGGCUUUAGUUUAAAAAAAAAAGUGGGGAGGGGGAGAGCAGUUGCAUGGAUUUUUUUUUUUCUUCUUGAGGCAACUGUCUUCCUAUCUCCAGGUUCUUUAUUAACAAAUGUAUGUGUUGGGAUUUACAGCCUGCCUUACCCCAAGGUCUCAGGAUGUCCAGUGGGCAAUAGGCAUGGGUCCUUGGGGCUCAGUCUUUUUUUUUUUUUUGCAAACAAAGAAUUUGAAUUUUAGAAGUGAAUCACAGAAUAGAAACUUAUUUCAAUUGUGGUUUCUUUGUCUCCAUCUUCUUGGCCACAAAACCAGUUGGAGUCCCCUUAGUGUUUCUAAGGCUGAAAGCAACCUCCCCCAACCAGGUACCGCCAUAUGUGCUGAAUUUCAUCCUGAUCAUCCUAAUGCCCAUGAUGCUGAGGCAUGAUUAAUCUAGUGCAUCUGAGGGAGACACUGGUUUGAGGGGGACUGAUAAUAAUCUAACACUUUCCUCCUUCCCAUCUUUUUCUGGUCAAGAUUGUAAAUCACCCCCCACACACACACACCCUUCUCCUUAAUCAGGCUUUCACUCUCUGUUCCCUGUGUGUCAACAUUAUGCCCAUCCUUUAUUUAAAUUCUUCCCAUGCUGAGGGUGAAACUAAACAGCAGGUCUUCAAACCUUCCCUGCUGUGAAACCAGUCAAACAAGAGAAUGGCAGGGAUUAGAGAAAAAAGUAGCUGGCAGCAGAAAAGGUGCUGAACUCCUGCAACUUCAGUCACCAUGCUUUCCUGGGUAUUUUUAAUCUAACCAGGCUUAUUUCAGCCUCAGAGGCCAUAGAAAUACAAUUGUGAAGAGGAACACAGCCUUUUAGCAGUGGAAAUAGGCCAGAAAUUGUAUGAAAAGUUAAGCGGUCUCAGCAUUUAUGUACACACACAGAAGCUUCCAAUACUUGCAUCAGGUUUAAACUAAUUUUGUUCAAGAUCCAAACCCAAUUUUAGAAAAGUAAUUUGGCAAGGAUUUUGCAUAUAUAAAAGGAAACCUCUUGGUAUGUCUGGCAGCAGAAAACUGAAGGACUGAAUGGUUGCUAUGACUCUUUUCAUAUUGCCAUAUUGGUCCUUACUUGGAGCUGAUCUUCUUUGAUUUGAUUAAGCUGCACACCAAGUGAAAAAGAAAAAAAGAACCAAAUGAAAUCCCUUGAAAAUGUAGUAUUCUGGGCCAGUAUUUAAGUUGGACAUGCUUCUGUCCCUGUGUCUCAGGACAAUUACAGGGCUAGAACAAGCUGCGGGGAGGCUCUCAAAAUGUUGACACCCAUAUUACCCCAUCAUGCAGGAAUAGAAAAUAGAUUCAGUGAUGGAGUUCUUUGUCUCUUGCAAGCUUAAGUUCCUGGCCUGUUCCACCAUCCCUUCUUCCUGCCUGCUCCAAAAGGAAGAUUCACAUAUUAGCUAGGAAAAACAUCUCACUGGACUGGAGGCUAAGCUCUUGGACAGUGAUUUUGGUUUGGCCCUUUUCUGCCCUCAGUGCCCUCCAAAUCUGGCCGAACUUUAUUCCUGUUCUAGCUAGCAAGUAGCUUUGGGGUGCAGAAAAUACCCUGUAUUAGCAGCUAACUAGUCAACCAGCACUUGCACAAAAUCAGCUGAGAUUGGGAAGUAGAAUUUUAGCUGCUGUGCAACAAUAGGAAAUGAGGGUUUUGUUUUUCUUUGCUUCCCCCCUCUCAUUUGUGUGCCUGUGAUCAGGAGAAAUGCACAAGUGAGCCCAUGUCUUCUGACCUUCGUUUUGGGAUUGGGGAGGUUGAGUCCCACCAUGCUCCCCACCUCCCUGUGAAACCUGGAAGUGUUUUGCAAACUGCAUUUCAUAGUAUGAUAGAUUUGGAAGGGACCUUAGUGAUCAUCUAGUGUGACCCCCCUGCUCAGGGCUGGAUCCACUAGAACAGGGUUC